AUGGGAGACGCCGAUGCCGAGGCACGGCGACGCCGACGCGUUCGGCGCCCCGCGGACUCCACCGAUGCGAUCGCGUCCUUCGUCACGCGCAGGUUCGGCCUCGGCGGUGGGCUCGCGUGGCUCGGCGUCCUCGCGUUCGGCGUCGCGAGCGAGCAGGUGAAGACGCGACGGGAGACGCGCGAGGCGUUGGAGAACACGCGGGAGGUGGCGACGGAGGCGCGACGGCUCGUGGAGGUUGGAAAUGGGGUGACGUACGUUGAGCUCACGGUGGGGGGGGGUGAGCUGGUGCGCGAGCGGUUUCUCGUCGCGGCGCGCGUCAAGGCGACGACGGCGCGCGGCGGGACGGCGUUCGACACGGAUGCGGUCGGACGCGAGAUCGUGUGGUCGUUCGGUGGGAAGCUCGGGCCGCCGAUGUGUCGGGGGUUGGAGGAGGGGGUGCGAGGGAUGCGACAGGGGGGGCGGCGCGUCGUGCGCGUGCCGGCGGCGGCGGCGUUCGGCGCCGAGGGCGCGACGUUCCCGAGAGGCGGCGUCGUGGCGCCGAACAAGGACGUCGAAUUCGACAUCACGCUCACGCGCGUUUCCAUCGCACCGAGUUGA